AUGUUCAGAAACAUUUUGCCCCGGACCGUGAAUGUCGCCCGCAUCACAGCGGCUAGACAGACGCCACGUUUUUUUUCUGUUUCGUUGGCCCGCAGCCAUGGCCAUGUUCACACGCCGAAACCGGGCGAAGAAUUGAAAAUUACCUUCAUCACCAAAGACGGUGCACAAAAAACAUUCGACGUUUGUGAGGGCGACAACAUCUUGGACAUUGCCCAGGCACAUAAUAUGGACAUGGAAGGCGCCUGUGGCGGGUCCUGUGCUUGUUCCACAUGCCAUAUCAUUGUGGACCCAGAGUACUACGACUCCAUUCCAGAACCGGACGACGACGAGAACGACAUGUUGGACUUGGCCUUUGGCUUGACAGAGACGUCGCGCUUGGGCUGCCAGGUGAAAAUGACAAAGGAACUAGAUGGCAUUCGUGUCGCUUUGCCUGCAAUGACCAGAAACUUGCAAUCGCGAGACUUCAGCUAG